GAUAGAUAGAUAGAUAGAUAGAUAGAUAGAUAGAUAGAUAGAUAGAUAGAUAGAUAGAUAGAUAGAUAGAUAGAUAGAUAGAUAGAUAGAUAGAUAGAUAGAUUUUAAAUGUACAUUAAGUGUUUUUUACAAGGUUGUGAGUUGAACUGUGAGCACAAAUCAAAUCUAACACUGCUCAUUAGUUCUAAGGAAUGGGUCACAGGACUGUUGCCCUCUCAUGUGAUCUUCAGUGUCUAGUUUCGGGGAAACACAUACAAUUCAUGAGGUGUGUGAACAGGCAAUGCUAUAACUAAAUUUCGGAAAGUAUGUAUUUACUGUAUCUUUGUGGGUUUUGCCUUUAUAAUGUGAAAAUGCAGACUUGUGCAAAAUAUAUAAAGAUUUGCAUAAACAUUUAAUCUGAUUUUUGAGCUCUCACAAAUCACAGCCACAAAUCCUAUUUAUGAACAAAUGCCUUUUUAGUUGAGCAACACCAUGUGAGAUGUCUGACUAAACACUCAAUAGAGUUAAUUGUUGCCAGGUUUGCUAUAGGCCUUGUUAAUUUGAGCAAGAAAAUCAUAUUUUUCCUCCUAUAGAGAGCUUUUGUGCAUUUUCUGUGCAAAACUCGAACAUGAUGAGCGCUCAGCGGAUUUGAGUUUUAAUUGCUGUGGAUAAUGAGUUUAAACAAGCCAAAAUAAGUGCGUCACACUGGCUGAACUACUGCAGUGGCAAGAGCCCUUUGUCUUCAAGAGCUUUAAUUAGUCCACGUGCGUUUUGACGAAAGCACCGAACUGCUGAAAGAGUUAGAUGGUUGAGGAAAGGACCCAUUGAAAAGCACUUUAAACCAAUGAUCUCACCAUUUCUAUUUGACCCAUAACGGGCAAAAAUGGACAUCUUCAUUUUGCUUGUCAUCUUCCCAUGUUUUCAAUAAUUGACAAGGCAACACUGUUGAAUAAUAGAUUUUAAACCAGCCCAGUGUGGUUACAUCGUUUCCAUAACUGGCCAAAUUGGUCAGGCCGCUCUGUGUUGAGGAUAUUUUUAAGCUGGUCAUGCUAGUAGACCAGCUAUAAACACCAGCUUAGACUGAUUUACUUAUGAUUUACCUUUUCAACUACUGGUCACUUCAUGAAACCAGCUCACUCGAAAUGAAUUAUAAAUAUCUUCACAAUUGUCACUUCUCGAAUCAACUGAUGAAACAUCUAUUGAGUAGAGUUCCCAAAUAUAAUGAUAACGUUAAAGACGACUUCUUUUUGUAUAAAAGUCUAUUCUUUAAAAGAUUAAAGUCAGUAGCGUCAUCAAUUCCUAGAUGUGAUUGUUAGUCCGUCAGAACCUUUUCAACAAUUAGUGCUGGAUGACCUUUCCUCCAACUGGAGUCCUGUCAUGUCUCAACUAGGCCUCUUUUCAAAAGAAUGUCUGUGCCCAAUUCUCUCAAUUAUGCAAAUUGGGCUUGAAAUCAAAGUGGUUGGAGGAGUGUGACACUUUCAAAUGAAAAGCUUUGGUGAGUUCCCAUUCCUGUCUGUUUCUAGAUACAAACCUGACUCUCUUCAUCUACUUGCAAGAAGUGUUUGAGGUAGAAAAACCAUCUCGAAAGAUUUUCUGAGAAUUAAGAAGUGCGUUUCACGGGGGUUAUGAAACUAUCAAAGUAGAUUUAUUGUGCUUUGCUCCAGCGAGGGAUGAAAAUACCCUGUGGGCAAGGAGAGAGGGGUCAUGGGACUCCCAAAAGGAUUACCUUGAACUGGAGUCAUGGGACGUGCCCCGAACAAAGAGCCUGCUCACAUGCUCAUCAUAUGAACAGCCCCUCAUAAAGUGAUGAAGUUUCAUGUCCUGUGGGAUUCAUUGGGCACCGGCGCUCUGGGAAAGAGCACCCCUCACCAGUAGAGCUCCAGGAGGGACACUGAUGGAGAAACUUUCUCUUUGGCACCUUCUUAAUGUCAACUAGAGGCUCAACAGUGCCAGAAAGUUUGGAUUGAGAAAACCUUUCACAAAAGAGAAUGUAUUCACAUAUUUCCAGCCAAGGACCCAACACGGUGCGCCUGUGGUUAUCUAGUGACUCAGCACCCGGCCAUUCCGGCAACCACCACCAACAAGCCCUCAGAAGAGAACCAGCUUGUGCACGUGGACCCUCCUCAAGAGAAAUGGUCCGUGGUUAAACAUACCCAGAUUGCCCCUACUGACGCCUAUGGCAUCAUUGAAUUUCAAGGAGGAGGAUUUGUCAACAAAGCCAUGUAUAUUCGGGUGUCACAUGAUACCAAGCCGGACAACUUGCUGCAUCUCAUGGUGAAGGAAUGGCAGCUGGAGUUGCCCACACUGCUUAUAUCAGUUCAUGGUGGCCUCCAGAACUUUGACAUGCAGCCCAAACUCAAGCAAGUCUUUGGAAAAGGCCUGAUCAAGGCUGCCGUGACCACCGGAGCAUGGAUCUUCACUGGUGGAGUCAGCACUGGAGUGAUCCGGCAUGUUGGAGAUGCUUUGAAGGAUCACUCUUCGAAAUCCAGAGGGAAGGUCUGUGCUAUAGGUAUCGCUCCAUGGGGAAUCCUGGAGAGCAAAGAGGAUCUAAUUGGAAAAGAUGUGAACAAACCAUAUCAGGCCAUCUCCAAUCCUCUGAGCAAACUUGCCGUUCUCAACAAUAGCCACUCGCACUUCAUACUAUCCGAUAAUGGCACAUGUGGGAAAUACGGGGCAGAGGUCAAACUACGCAGGCAGUUGGAGAAACACAUCUCCCUCCAGAAGAUUAACACGCGACUGGGCCAGGGUGUACCGGUGGUAUGUCUGAUUGUGGAGGGGGGUCCCAAUGUGAUCUCGAUUGUCUUGGAAAGCCUGCGUGAGGAACCACCAGUGCCUGUAGUGGUCUGUGAUGGCAGUGGUCGAGCCUCUGACAUCAUUUCCUUUGCCCACAAAUAUUCUGAGAUUGAAGGACUGGUAAACGAGGACGUAAAAGAGCAACUGCUGGUCACCAUCCAGAAAACCUUUAACUACAACAAAAUGCAGUCAGGGCAAAUUCUGCUCAUGGUCAUUGAAUGCAUGAAGAAGAGGGAGUUGAUAACAGUCUUUCGAAUGGGCGCUGAAGGACAAGAUGACAUUGAAAUGGCUAUCCUCACUGCGUUACUGAAAGGAACAAACGCAUCAGCUCCAGAUCAGCUGAGUUUGGCUCUGGCUUGGAAUAGAGUGGAUAUAGCACGCAACCAAAUCUUUGUGUAUGGACACAAUCUACCACCUGCGAGCGCCCUCGCUAGUGCCACAAUCACCAGCACAGCACCAUCUCACGAAAAGCAGAAAGGAGCAACUCAACGUUACAAGGGAAAGGCCAGAGGAAAAAAGGGCAAAGGAGGCAAAGCCAAACCAGAACAACCCGAGGAAACUGACCCCAGAAAGUUAGAACUACUGAACUGGGUGAAUUCCCUCGAGCAGGCCAUGAUGGACGCUUUGGUUCUGGACAGAGUGGAUUUUGUCAAGCUCAUGUUAGAAAAUGGUGUAAACAUUCACCAUUUUCUAACCAUCCCUCGAUUAGAGGAGUUAUACAACACUAAACUUGGUCCUGCCAACACUCUACAUAUUGUUGUAAGAGAUGUUAAAAAGGGGAAUCUCCCACCGGAUUACCAAAUAACACUGAUUGACAUUGGACUGGUGUUGGAGUACCUGAUGGGCGGAGCAUAUCGCUGUAACUACACAAGAAAAAACUUCCGAGCUCUUUAUAACAAUCUUUAUGGACUAAAGAGGCCUAAAGCCCUAAAGCUGCUUGGAAUGGAGGAUGAUGAGCCUAGGCCAAAAGGCAAGAAGAAGCAAAAGAAGAAGAAAGAAGAAGAAGAGGACAUUGACGUGGAUGACCCAGAGGUCUGCCGCUUCCAGUAUCCAUUCCAUGAGCUGAUGGUCUGGGCAGUGCUGAUGAAAAGGCAGAAGAUGUCUCUGUUCCUGUGGCAGAGGGGCGAGGAGGGUAUGGCUAAAGCUCUGGUGGCCUGCAAGCUCCUCAAAGCUAUGGCUCACGAGUCGUCUCAGAGUGAGAUGGUGGACGACAUAUCCCAGGACCUCGAUAACAACUCCAAGGAGUUUGGAACCUUGGCCUAUGAGUUGCUGGAUCAGUCCUACAAACAUGAUGAGCAGCUAGCCAUGAAACUGUUGACGUACGAGUUAAAGAACUGGAGUAACUCUACCUGUCUGAAGCUGGCAGUGGCUGCCAAGCACAGAGACUUCAUAGCCCACACCUGCAGCCAGAUGCUCCUCACUGACAUGUGGAUGGGCAGCCUGAGGAUGGGUAAAAACCCAGGACUGAAGGUGAUCCUCAGCCUCAUUUUCCCACCUUUUAUCCUGCUGUUGGAUUUCCGUCUGGGUGAUGACACGUCUCAUCAAGUCACUGCAAAAAAUGAGGACAGGAAGACCAAGGAUGAUGAUAAAUCUGGCCGGGAUGCCAAUGCAGAAACAGCCUCUAAGAAAGGAGACGAGGAAGAAGGUAAUAAGAAAAUGAGGCGGAUUCCAAUUGGAACGAAGAUCUUUGAGUUCUACAAUGCCCCUUUCACCAAAUUUUGGUUUAACACUAUUUCCUACCUUGGCUAUCUCAUGCUGUACAAUUACAUAGUACUGGUGAAGAUGGAGCGUUGGCCAUGUAUACAAGAGUGGUUCGUCAUUUCAUACAUCAUCACUUUGGGGUUGGAGAAAGUCAGACAGAUCUUGAUGUCAGAACCGGGCAAACUCAAGCAAAAGAUAAACGUGUGGUUAGAGGAGUACUGGAACAUCACAGACCUGGCGGCCAUCUCUACCUUCUUGCUAGGCCUACUUCUUAGGCUGCAACAUGAACCCUACAUGGGCUAUGGCCGUGUGAUCUACUGCGUAGACAUAAUCUUCUGGUAUAUCCGCGUACUGGACAUAUUUGGAGUCAACAAGUACCUAGGACCUUAUGUCAUGAUGAUAGGGAAAAUGAUGAUUGACAUGCUGUACUUUGUGGUGAUCAUGUUGGUGGUCCUGAUGAGUUUCGGUGUGGCACGGCAGGCUAUCCUACAUCCAGACGAGGAGCCAACAUGGCGCUUGGCCCGCAAUAUCUUCUACAUGCCGUAUUGGAUGAUCUAUGGAGAGGUGUUUGCAGAUUCGAUAGACCUUUACGCAAUGGAAAUAAAUCCCCCCUGUGGAGAAAAUUUAUAUGAUGAGGAUGGGAAAAAGCUUCCACCCUGCAUCCCUGGAGCCUGGUUAACUCCGGCCAUCAUGGCCUGUUAUUUGUUAGUGGCCAACAUCCUGCUUGUGAACUUGCUCAUUGCUGUCUUCAAUAACACGUUCUUUGAGGUUAAGUCCAUCUCCAACCAGGUGUGGAAAUUUCAGCGAUAUCAGCUCAUCAUGACCUUCCAUGAUAGGCCUGUGCUACCUCCACCAAUGAUUAUCUUUAGCCACCUCUACAUUCUUUUCCGCAAACUCUGCUGCCGCUGUAGCAAGAAAAAGGAAGGAGAACUAGAUGAAAAGGAUAAAGGAUUAAAGCUUAUUCUUACCCCGGAGGAGCUCAAGAUGCUGUAUGAGUUUGAGGAGCAAUGUGUGGAGGAAUAUUUCAGGGAGAAAGAAGAUGAGCAACAGUCCUCAAAUAAUGAGCGUAUCAGGGUUACAAAUGAAAGGGUGGAGAACAUGUCCAUGCGUCUUGAAGAGGUGAAUGAGAGGGAGAACACAAUGAAGGCCUCCCUUCAGACUGUGGACCUUCGUUUGUCCCAACUGGAAGAGAUUAAUGGCCGAAUGGUGAAUGCCUUGGAAAGACUAGUGGGAAUUGACCACUCCGAACUCACCCGGACACGCUCAUCGGCCUCCUCUAUUUGUGACCCCUCCUCUCUCCAACGUCACAGUAGCAUCAACAGUGCUGAUGGGUACAGCCUGUACCGCUAUUACCUGGGUGUUGAUGACCGUCCACCUGAAGAUAAAGAGGCAGAUCUGAGUAAAACAAUAAGCACUACAAACUUCAACACAAAGGAAUAUGGCCAGAAUCUAGAGGUAGAUGUUCCAGGCGUAAAAAGACGCCUUGGCUCAUGUGUGGACAUCCGAAUCUUCCCUUGUGAUAAGGGUGUUGAGGCUGAAGGGACAAAGCCAGAAUCACCAAAAUCUACAGUUCCUGACAAACAGACAUCUUCGGAUAAUGCACCAAAGAAAGAAGCAUUGAUGAUGGAGAGAGUAAAACUUCAGGCAACUACCUCCUACCCGCUAGAAAAGGUUAAAGCUUUCAAAUACUAUCCUGGAGAAAUACAAAGCAUAUCCCCGUCCACUGUACAAAGGUGUUGGAGCACAAUCUCAUUUGAUCAAGCAAAUGGAAGAGAACCAAAUCAAGAAGGAGAAGGAAUGGGUGGGUCUCCAGCUACAAGACGUUGGAGUGCUGGCUAUGAGUAUAAGGUACACCCUAGUCUUUUUGGUCAGAUGCCAAAGGUAUCAAUGGUAAGACCCUUGGUAGACCAGAUUGACCAGUUUAGCAACAGUUUCAAAGUAGAGCAACCUUCUGACCAGCCUGAGCAACAAAUGCUGAGAGUUUCUACUAGACACAAUACAGAGGACAUGGGAAUGCAAGAUGGAGAGAAGACACUGGACAGUUCAGGUGGAUCAAUGCAUCAUGAAAGUGCUCAGUCAAUAAUUGAAGAUGGGAUAAGAAAUUCAGUGGAGAUGACUGGUAGACAGGCAUCGCUAGAUGUAGAUCAGGUAAAACGGGAAGAGGGUAGUGACGAUGUGGACAAAUGCCUGAAAGAUACUGAGCAGGAUGUGACAAAGGAACCAGAUGAUCUUGAAGGAGGACUUGGAAAGGAGGAAAGUUCAGAGAAGCAAGACGGACAGCAAACAGAGGAGAUACCAACAGGUGUAGGUCCCUUUGAUUCUGAAGUCCAAGCUGAUGGUAGCCAUCUGCUUCUGCCAGAAGACACAAUGUUUCUCCCUGGAAGAUCUAAGAGCUGGUCCACAAAACCUUGCAUGUCCUUAGGAAACAGCUUAAAAAGAGCCCACGAAUCAAGCAGUGAAAGAGACCUUGCUGGAGCAUAUGGAGACUCUCCUGAUGACCCAGGUUCACCAGCACAGAAGACAACAAAUGAUGCACCAUCAGACAAACCAUAAUCAGACACUCCAGAGGAAGUCCGAUAAGAAGAUAAAUUCAACAGACAAGAAUGACACACACAUUGAAUUUCUUUAUAUCCACCUGUAACACUAUAUACUUAUAUAUCAACAGUAUGUAAUCAGGAGUUGUGAUCGAGUUAACAGAGUAGUAAAACUCUAAAGCCGUAGUAGUAUCAACUGACCAUUUUUUGUGUGCUUGCACUUAAAAGUAUUUCUAUUAUUAUAUUUAUUUAAGGUACAAAAUACAUUAUGUGACAGUAUGUAUCCUUGCUAUCCUUGCUAACUGCUAAUGUUUUCUGAUUGGUAAAAUGUAAUGAUAAUUUAUGGGCUAAAAAGUAAGGCUAUGCAAAGUGAACUGAGUCUACCUCAAUGCAAAAUGUUUGUAGUUGGCAUGUUGUAUGAAUGGCGCAUUCUGUUCAUUGUUAAGGAUAAGACUGUGUAAUAGCACCAUCUACUGUUCUGGAUGAUGAAUUGCUGGAAGAAAGAUGACAAAACUUGGAAAAAUAAGACAGGUUUAUACAGUGUUUACUUUGGUUAUAUUUAGUAAAAGUCUAUAAUUAAUAAAACCACACUUCAAA